AUGAUGCACCAUACCCACUCUAGUGUCCUAAAUAACGUAAACAAUGGAACAACAAUCAGCUGCAAAGAAGAAUAUGGUGUAUAUGAAAUUCAGAAAUCCAAUAUUAGUGGCCUCACUAUCUCAGAUACAAAAGUCUGCAAAUUUGUGAUUAAAGGUAACAAUACAAACCUGACAGUUAAAGGUCCGAUUUUGGUGGAGUUAGAAUCAUCACAAGUUACUGUUACUGAUGCAUCAAAUAUCACAUAUCCACUACAACAACCUUAUAUCACGGAUAAUUACAAUUAUCAAUACUCAAUUAUAUAUGCUUACACAGGAAUACCCAAACAAAAUUAUACUUUUCUAUCGAAUUCUUUUUCAAAUAAUCAAAUAUCUUAUAAAGGAAGUAAUCAAUAUAUUUCGAAAAGCAAGGAUAAGCCAUCCAAAUACAAUAUGUGUAAUGAAACAGAUAUCACAACAAACAAUACUGGCAUGUUUGUUACUGUUACAGCCCCUUCAUCCGGAAGUGAUGAAUCUGGAGAUGGACAUGGAGGUAGUGGCUCGGAGAAAGGACCAUCCGGAAGUAGUGGUGGCUCCGGAUCAAAAGGAUCUAAAGUUGGCCUCAUAGUUGGAAUUGUCGUUGCAGUUGUUAUUGUCGCUGUUGUUAUUGGCGUUUGUGUAUACAUAUUUGUAUUUCGCAAAAAGGCUGAUGAUAAAUCUGUUGGCGCAGAAGUUUAA